UUGUUUCCAUUUUCUCUUUAGUUCCUGAUUAUUUCUAUCUUUUGAAACGUAUAGCCAUUGAAAACUUAAAGGAGGAAUUCCUAAACAUAAAGAAGAAUAUGCAAACCAAGAGGGAAAUCCAGGAAAUUGCAUGCAUUACUACAGAAGAAGAUUGUGCAAAGAAGCAGAAAACAUUAAUCCCGGAUAAUAAUUUCCAGGAAAGAAGUAUGGAAGGGUUAUUUUUGGCAUGCAAAGAGAGUAGAUGGAUUAAUUCUCUUGGAGCAUCAAGCAGUGGAAAUUAUAACCAAGGUUUCUUGUAUCUGAACAAGAAAGAAGAUGAAGGUUUCAAUAAUUAUGGUGAACUAAAGCCACUGACUCAACCCUUUUGGAAGAACAAUAGAAUUUGUUGGUCUUCAGAGCUUCAUUCAAGAUUUGUGGAGGCUCUGAACAUGGUUGGAGGCAUUGAAGUGGCUGCUCCUAAGCAGAUUAGAGACAUGAUGAAGGUUGAGGGGCUGACAAUUGAUCAAGUAAAAAGUCAUUUGCAGAAAUAUAGGCUUCGUUCUGGUAAGGUUCGGUUGCAGUGCUGAUGGAUCAACAUCAGGAGCUUUCUGA